AAGUGAAGUGAUUGCUUUGACUUCAGCUGGUAGCAGUUAAGCAGCUUGAUCGCAACGGAUUGCAAGGGAACCGAGAGUUUCUUGUAGAGGUUUUGAUGUUGAGCCUUCUACACCACCAGAAUCUCGUAAACCUAAUCGGCUAUUGCGCCGACGGCGAGCAGAGACUUCUCGUCUAUGAAUAUAUGCAGUUGGGAUCUCUUGAAGACCAUCUACUUGAUUUGCCGCGUAAUCGGUCUCCACUGCCUUGGUUCACGAGGAUGAAGAUCGCGUUGCAUGCGGCCAAAGGUCUUGAGUAUUUGCACGAUAAGGCGAACCCUCCGGUGAUCUAUCGUGACUUGAAAUCGUCAAACAUCUUGCUAGACAAGGACUACAAUGCAAAACUUUCGGAUUUCGGGCUGGCCAAGCUUGGACCUAUUGGAGAAAAGUCUCAUGUAUCGACAAGGGUUAUGGGAACAUACGGAUACUGUGCUCCCGAGUAUCAACGCACAGGCCAACUCACUGUCAAAUCAGAUGUGUAUAGCUUCGGCGUUGUUCUUUUGGAAUUAAUUACAGGGAAGAGAGCAAUUGAUAACAGAAGGAUUCCCGACCACCAAAAUCUUGUCACAUGGGCUGAACCAAUUUUCAUGGAGCCGAGUAGAUUCUCGGAGCUGGCGGAUCCACUACUGAGAGGUGACUUCCCGAAGAAGAGCUUCAACCAAGCAGUUGCAAUAUCAGCGAUGUGUCUUCAAGAAGAUGCGACAGUGCGGCCUUUGAUCAGCGAUGUGGUGACUGCGCUCAGUUGCCUUCCGUUGCAAGGGGACACGGGAUACUCGCGCCCCGUCUCCCCUCCCUCACCUCGCUUGAAUGCUGAGAUAACGCCCCAAGACCGGGAGAGAGCAGUUGCGGAAGCCAUUGCUUGGGGCUCCAAGUCCAGGCAUAACGGCGAAAACUAGCCUAAUAUAUCUCUAAGCAUUUGCCAUGUCAAAACUUUAAACAUAUAUACAUUUGGUGUGUUAUGUCUAUACGAUCAUAUUUGAAUUUUAUGAC